CGCACCGAGCGCGCUGCGCUAACUGCUUUAACGGUUUAUAUAAAUAGAGAGUGAGAGUGAGGGAGUUAAACCGGUUAGUGUUCAGUCCGGGAGUCACACCGCUCUCCCCUCCUGUGUGUGUGUGUGUGUGUGUGUGUUUAUACAUCUCUUAUAAAGGACGUGAUAAGUGGAGACUUUACUCAGGAAACUUUAGUGGUAUUUUGGCAGUCCGGCGCUGCGCGAGACGGCGGAGCGCGUGUGUCUCCUAACACACCAUGUAAAGAUGUGAUUCCGGAUAUAAAAAUCUCUCUUUAAUUUUUCUGCCGACGUCAGUCAGGCUGCUUUUACACAGACAAGCAAAAUGAGAAUUACCCUUCCCAAAGCCGGAUGCAUUCUUCUCAUUCUUCAGACGUUAUGCUGCGGCAUUUUUGGCCAGUGCAAGGAACCAAGUGAAACCUCCAAACUCAAUCUCUCUGUCACGUACGACCUCCCUCGCUUUGUCUCGAACACACCUGUCCAGAAGCUUCUAGUUUUUAACGGGAGCGUAUACGCCGGCGCUACAAACACUCUCUACACGUUAUCUGGCGACCUCGAACAACUGUCCCAGUAUAAGACCGGACCCGUGCACGAUGACCCGAAGUGCAAAGCCUGCUCAGGCUGCUCCGGCCGACCCCCCAACGCCAACAACACCAGCACGGCCCUUAUCAUGGAGACCUACUACGACCCCGAGCUGUUUGUCUGCGGCACGGUCGGGAACGGCGUCUGCAGCUGGCACCUGCUGGAAGACGGUCAGCUGGACGUCGAAGUCAACUGCAUCGGCUCCCACAACAAUGACGGCAGCCGCCAUGUCGCCGGUCCAUCUGGGACGCAGAUCGUGAACGUGGAAGUUGGUAGAGUCGUGCGGUUCUUCGUGGCCAAUUCCGAGCCGCUGGAUCCACCUCCAGGACCACGUCUUCACCACACCAUCUCCGUACGGAAGCUGUGGGACACACAAGACCGAUUCGAGUUUGUUUCCGAGCAGUCCUACAUGGACCUAAAGCCAGCGCUGCGCGGGAACUACCCCCUGCGCUACGUCUACUCCUUCCACAGCGGCUCAUACGUCUAUUUCCUCACCGUGCAGCGGGAGAGCAGCACGUCCAGGGCUUUCCACACGCGAAUCGUCCGCAUCUGCAGCUCCGACCUCGAGCUCCAGCACUAUGUGGAAAUGCCCUUCGAGUGCAUCUAUUCUGAGAAAGGCAGACGCAAGCGCUCGACGCAGAUGGUGUUCAACGUCCUUCAGGCGGCUCACGUGGCCAAAACCGGAAGCAACCUACGCAGGGAGAUGGGCUUCAAAGAAGGAGAGGACGUACUCUUCGCCGCGUUCGCCAAGAGCAAGCCGGACUCGCCCGAGCCCACGGCAAGCUCCACGGUGUGCGUCAUCUCCAUCGCGGAAAUCAACAACUUCUUCAAGGACUUCAUGAAGCAGGCCUACACCAAGCCGCUCUACCACUUAACAGGAGCCAAAAUGAAGUCCUACAACCAGAGCUCGUUUGAUGAUUCCUUCGGCUGUGGGAAGCAUGACAAAGGUUACAGGUUGGAGGUUAAAGGAACCAAUCCACGUAAGGACUGGUUUAACGGCCGCUUCAGGGACGUUCUUCUCACCUCUAUCGCCGUGGUGCCCGUGCAGGAGCACACAGUGGCUACUCUGGGGACUGCAGAUGGUAGAGUCAUACAGGUGGUGGUUUCCCGUUUUGGCAACACGGAGCCGCAUGUGAACUUCCUUCUGGACACGCUCCCCGUCUCCUCAGAAGUCGCAGUGUUGUCUCCGCAGAGCUCGGACGCCGCCUUACUGCUAGUCACCGGAAAUAAGGUACACAAGGUGCAUGUAAUCGGGCCCGGCUGUGAGCAGUUAUUAAACUGCAGCUCGUGUCUUCUCGCUCCUGCCUUCAUGGGUUGCGGUUGGUGCCGGAACCGGAACCUCUGUACUCGCUCACCUCAGUGCACCCGGUCGAGCUGGAGCCAAGAUUCCUGCCCGCUCCUCAUCACUGAGAUCUUUCCUAAAACGGCUCCACUGAAAGGCCACACCAGCAUCACGAUCUGUGGCAAGAACUUUGGCUUCAGUAAGAAAGAUCGCUUUGACGCCAAGCUCAUCAACGUGGACGUAGCCAAAGCCAAGUGCAAGCUGACGGAUAAAGACGUCAGCAGUCAUCGGUUGAUUUGCAGCCUGGAUCAUGUGAACGCGUCCAGUUCCGUUCACUCGGUCAGAGUACGCAGCGGGAAGGAGAUAGGACAGCUCGAGGGCUUCUCGUUUGUGAUCCCUGUUAUUAAAGAAAUCGUUCCCGAAUUCGGUCCCAAAUCUGGUGGAACCAUGCUGACCAUUAAGGGUUCGUACCUGGACAGCGGAAGCUCACGAAAGGUUACGAUCGGAACCGGUACCUGCACAGUUCAAAGUUUAUCAGCCAACAUGCUGACAUGCCAGACUCCGCCUCAGGACUCGCUGUCGCAGCUUAACGUGCAGUUGCGUAUCGACGGUGUGAGCAUUAAAGCUCCGGUCAAUUACAGCUACAACGAGGAUCCGCUCAUCCACAACGUUCAGCCCACACGCUCCUUCAUCAGUGGAGGCAGCACGGUGAUAGCAUCUGGCGUCUACCUCCACUCAGCCAUGCAACCUCAGAUGGUCCUCAGCGGUCCCCCGUUCACCAAGGACAAAGAGGUUUAUGUGACCUGCACGCAGGGUGAAGACAAACUGGCCAUCGUGUGCAUCACCCCCUCGCUCAAGGGCCUCAACGUUCGUCCCCCGGUCGCCACCAAGAUGAAGUUCGUCCUCGACGGCUUCUCCACACGUCAUUACGACCUGACCUACGUGGAGGACCCGAAGUUUGAGGAGUUUCAGAAGCCCACUCUCACUCCAAGAGGCAGCAGGAGUGUGCUGGAGAUUAAGGUUCCCCGUGUGGACGUAGAGGCGGUGAAGGGAGAGGUGCUGCGGGUGUCGAACCGCUCCUGCGAGAGCGUAACCCUGGUGGGAAACACGCUGGAGUGCACGGUUCCCUCCGAGCUCCAGACCGCCACCAGAGAGCUCGAGGUGGAGUGGAUGCAGGCCUCGUCCUCUGUGAUCCUGGGCCGCGUGGUUUUGGCACAGGAGCAGGACUACAGGCCGCUGAUCGCCGGCGUGGUGUUCGUAACCAUCCUGCUGCUCCUAAUGCUCGCGCUCUUCGUCUGGAUCAAAAGGAAGAAGCACAUCGACGAUUUAACUGAGGGGAUGGUUUGGUAUGACGGCCGCGCUCACAUUCCACACUUGGACAUGCUGGCAAACGCGAGGAGUGUCAGUCCCACUAACGAAUUGGUGUCUCACGAGUCUCUGGACUAUAGAACCACUUUGCUUGAGGACCAGAGCUUGCCGAUGUCUCCGAGCGAGACGUGUCGCCCUCCCCCGUACGUCCACCACAUGCACAUGGACCUGUCCUCCAUGCUGGGCGCGGAAGGAGAACCGUCUUCCCCGCUCCUGCCCGGUUCGGCACUCGUGGACCUGAGCAGCCUCCACCCUGAGCUCCUGAAAGAGGUGCAGCACGUCGUCAUCGCCAGGGAAGACCUGCUCCUACACGUCAACGAGAUUAUCGGAAGAGGACACUUCGGCUGUGUUUUCCACGGGACUCUGCUGGAGCCAGACGGCCAGAAACAGCACUGCGCAGUCAAGUCUUUAAACCGUAUCACAGAUAUCGAAGAGGUCUCUCAGUUCCUGAAGGAAGGAAUCAUCAUGAAGGACUUCAGCCAUCCCAAUGUGCUGUCUCUGCUGGGGAUCUGCCUCCCUAGUGAAGGCUCUCCUCUGGUGGUCCUGCCCUACAUGAAGCACGGAGAUCUGCGCAACUUCAUCCGAGACGAGAGCCACAACCCCACGGUGAAGGAUCUCAUGGGCUUCGGCUUGCAGGUGGCUAAAGGCAUGGAGUAUCUUGCCAGCAAGAAGUUCGUACACCGAGAUCUCGCGGCCAGGAACUGCAUGCUGGAUGAGAGUUACACAGUAAAAGUGGCGGACUUUGGCCUGGCCAGAGACGUGUACGAUAAGGAAUACUACAGCGUCCACAACAAGAGCGGAGUCAAGCUGCCCGUCAAAUGGAUGGCUUUGGAAAGUCUGCAGACUCACAAAUUCACAACCAAGUCUGAUGUCUGGUCGUUCGGGGUGUUGCUAUGGGAACUGAUGACCCGAGGAGCCCCGCCCUACUCGGACGUCAACUCCUUUGACAUCACGGUUUUCCUCCUGCAAGGACGAAGACUCCUGCAGCCCGAGUUCUGCCCCGAUGCCCUCUACAACGUGAUGAUCGAGUGCUGGCACCCGAAACCCGAGCGGCGCCCCACUUUCUCCGAGCUGGUCUCGCGCAUCUCCGCCAUCUUCUCCAGCUUCAGCGGAGAGCACUACAUCCUCCUGAACACCACCUACGUCAACAUCGACAAGAUGACCCCCUACCCUUCUCUCAUCUCGUCUCAGAGCCAGCUGGACCGGGACUGCUGCACCUGAAAGCGGACAGAAAGAGAGAGAGAGAGAGAGAGAGAGCGGAGACGGAAUACACACACACACAAACAAAACAACACACAUACACACACAAUAGAAGAAGCAGGAAGGGAGGAAAGCUAUCCGGGACCGGCGUAAAGGGAGGGAGCUGAUUGUCUGAUUGUCUUUAUCACUGUAGAUAGAGUCGAGCUCCGUGCAGCGUCCUCCCCGCCGACACGCACCCCGACCCGAGAGACUGACAGACGCAGAGCAGCUCUCAAGGUGUCGUCUCUUACACAAGACAAACGCUGAUCUAAACUGUGAAGAGAAGUCAGGGGUAGCUCAGUGGUUAAGGCACUGGCCUACACUUCGGAAGGUCCCAGGUUCAAAUCCCACGACCACGAAGGUGUCCCUGUUGGGCCCCUGAGCAAGUCCCCUGAACCCCUCAACUGCUCAGAUGUAUAAUGAGAUAAAAAUCCCUAAAUCCGCGCUGGGUUUUUAAUUAAAUCUGCUCCUCCCGAAGUGCAGCGUUGAUGUGACGUACACUGUUCACGGCUGAUCCAGGAUCAGCUCUUGUCUAUACGUAAAUACGUUUGUAUAUAAACUGUAUGAACUGCUAAACAGACUGGACACUGAGACUCUUGAUUAAAAAAAUAAUAAGUAUAAUAAUAAUUCAUAAGAAUGGAUUAUUUGCCAUUUUCUGUGCUGGUUGGUGCUGUAUGUGUUCAGCAACGUUUGAUUGAUUGAAGGACGUCGCGCAUGUGUCGUGAAGCACUGACCUGAGGACAGCAGGAUGGGACUCGCUCUCAGCAGAACACUGGAUGUGAACCGACACAAAUGAAUCUAUAAAUGGAAAUGGAUGAUUGUUUGUACUUUGGGAUGCAUCGAUACUGUUACUGGCGUCUGGGGUCAUCAGGUACAGAGCUGAUGUUGUGCUUAUUACAUUUUUUAAGAUGCUGUAUGGGGAAGUUACCACAAGGGGGCAUAAUGCAAGAACCCUAAUAUGAACAUCUUAACCAUGAGACUAGGUUGGAAAAAAUGUCUAGAAUGCUUACAGCUGAACCCGAAUCAGGAAAAAAACUGGUUUGCGUUUUACGAACAAAAGUAUGUGCACCCCUUGACCCGUUUUUGAUUCUAAACUAAGCUUGUGUUGAAUUGUAUGGAAUGUCUGUAGAGUGAGCUCCAUAAAGACAUGGUGAGUUGAGGUUAAAAGUGGGUCUGAGCACCUCUGGGUUGAAAGCAAGAACCAACGUCAGUAAUUCUCUUCUAGAUGAAUGAACACAAUUCCACACAGACACACACUGCCAAGUCAAGAACAAAAGUUAUCCUUACUUUUAUAAUGUGUAAAUUUUGCCACUAUAAAAUAUGAGAAUGACAUUGCAAAGGAUGUAGAACUUUUAAAAUGAGCUUUUUUAUUAUCAUUAUUAUUAGUAUUAUGUUUUAGGUCACAGAAACAACCGAAAACAGCUAGAAGAAAUGUGAUUAUGUGUAUCUGUGCUAUUUUUUUCUAUAUCUUUUGCUGUCAGGUUUGUAUAGUUGGUUAAAAUUAACCAAAAUUCAGUUCAAUAUGUUGCCUAGGUUGUGCUGAAAAAAAAAGUAUAUGUCACUCUGUACUGCACAAUCCUGAGCCAUAUACACUGUAUUUUUAUCUAAAAAAAAAAAAAGGUAAAAUGCUCUGUGUUUUAGGAGCUAACAAGCACAUACUGUAUGGGUGUGAUGGCCUGGGGUGCACAAACUUUUGCCCAAAAGAACUUGCAAGACACCUAGAAAGAACAGCGAACCUCCGAAUCUAGUAGGAUGAAUGCACAUGUACUGAUUAGGUUUAAAUCUGAGAAACAUAAACAGAGAUGAAAUGUUUUAUGAUGGAGAAACACAUCAGUAGUUUUGAUAUUUGUGUUUAGUGAGUGAAAAAAAAACCCAUUGUACUCGUACUAGCUCUGAAAUAACGCUAUCGAUGCA